AUGGCUCAUGGGGCAGAUGGAGCCAUUAUGGAUCAGUAACCGCAGACCCUGGUGACCGUUUUCAACGGCAUUUUUUUUACUAUUUAUAAUAAGGUUUAUCAUAAAUAAGAAAUAAUAUAUCUCAUCGGUGAUUUGUCGCUGAAUAAAUCACUGUUUGGAGUUCAGAUGCGAAGGAAUUAUAUCACGAGGGCGUAGCCCGAGUGAUAUAAUGCUACGCAUCUGAACGACAAACAGUGAUUUAUUCAAGAGCAAAUCACUAAAUGAGAUAUAUUAUUUCGAUUCUAACACGUUAUCAAGGACUUUAAAGUACACCUUGUCGGCAUGUAUUAGAUAUUUGCCCGUUUUCAAUCGGGUUCUUUUCCAGCGCGCCGUUACGCCGCUUGACGCUAUGACGUAAUAGUUGUGACGUCAGAACAGUGAAUUGUUGUUUAAUAAAUCACUGUCUCCAGCCUUCUUUGUUUAAUAGGAAAAUGAAUCGGAUCGUGUUAGAAACUAAGUAGUAAAGAUUUGACGUUGACGUCGUUGUAAGUAAACGAGACGAUGUUCGAACUGAUUUGGUCUAAAAUGUAAAGACAGAAGAAAUUUGAUUUUUCAGCAGUAAAAGCUAAUAUGUGAUAAUAAGAACAUUCUGUUUGUGACAUUCUACAAAGAAUUGAAUAAAAUUGAUAAAAUGCUCGACAGAGCCUCACGAAAGGUGAAGGGGGGCACCUGGGGUCUUCCUCCACCAUCAAAGCUGGAAAGUCGCCAUAUGACCUAUAAUUGUGUCGGUGCGACGUUAAACCCAACAAAAUAAAAAAAAUGAUUUGAAGCUUACCAGUUUAAUCUUACACAUAAAUCUUUGUAAAAUGUUUGAGUAGUAAAUCUUACUGAUAACGAGACUCGUAAAUUAUUUUUAUUUAUAAAUUUUGUAGCACAAAAUAAAUUUAUUACUGAAUGUGGUAGGAAUAAGCUUGACCGAGACUGUAAAAAAUAACGCAGCGAUUUUCCUAGCGAAAAUGCAUGUGUCAGUCGUGCGGCAAUUGUGCUAUAUUUCUUUGUUUGUAGUUGUGUAUGCUACACAAAGUGAACAACGAGAUGAGGUAAAAGACUUUCUGAGGAUUCAUAGACUACAACGAGGGCGGCGUCACAUUGAUACACCAGUGUUUAGACAUUGUCCAAAUGGUUACACACGUUACGACAAAUCUUGUUACAUCGUAACAGAAGCUGUUGUCAGCUGGCCUGUUGCACUGGUGUACUGUGAAGCAUUUGGAGGACAUCUGGCUUACAUAGAGUCCCAGAGGGAACAAAAGUUUAUUAAUGCAUUCCUAAAAACGGUCAAUCCGAGAGUUACUAGGCAAUACUACUGGAUAGGAGGAACGGACGCUGUAACGGAAGGCGAAUGGUUCUGGGCCCCUGCUGUAAAGCCGGUGACGUACACCAACUGGGGUCCUGGGAACCCAAACUUGUACACGCAAGACUGUGUAGCCCUGUACGGCAAUGGUCGAUGGGAUGACGGUUACUGCAGAGCAGAAUGUAACUUCAUCUGUGAAAUAGAGCUCGAUGUAUAGUGAGGAAGCUCGCACCUGACAAAAUGACUGUAUAUGCACUUAGAUGGAAUUUUGGAUUAUAAUAAAUCAAUUCAGAAAGCCACACUUACAGAAAAGAAGAAAACAAAAUGUUACUUACAUUUCUGACAUUUUUACAGUUCAAAAAUCAGUUAUGAAAUAUGGAUGAAUAGAUAUACUCAAAAACGAUUGAGAAAUACAUACCUGUACAAAAACAAUAUGAUAGUAAAAAGUAUUAUCCCUGGGUACGCACUCCAAAACAUGAAAUAUGACACUUAAUGCGAAUAAUGGAAGCAUACUGGUCCAUGAAAAACUUUGGUGUUUACUCGAUGUCCGUCGUGGAUGACAAAAUUACAACUGUUGACAAUACGAAGACGAAACAAGAUUCUUUACUUAAACUGAAAAUUAUCUCUUUUAUUUUCUAAUGAUAUGGCUGCUUAUAAGUUCAAUAAAACUAAAAUUCAC